AAAUUUCCACCUCUCAUUCUCGAAAACAGCCUUAAUAAUACCAUCUUCCCAAUUUGGACAGUAAAAUUCACAAAAGAAGCAGCAGUUGUUGGAGAGAAAGAAAGAGAAUAGGAAUGGCCUCUACCUCAGCUGUUUCAAUGGCUAUGCCAUUUACUUCUGCAACAAGCCAAAAGAGGUCAGUGGGGAAUGUUCCAAGCUCAGAGGGUUUCUUCAAGCCAUUGCCAGUUAGGUCAUCAAAGGGUAUGGUGACAUCAUCAAAGCCUAAUGGGAAGUUUCAAGUGAAGGCUUCAUUGAAGGAGAAGGCAGUUACUGGUUUAACAGCAGCUGCACUGACUGCUUCAAUGGUGAUGCCAGAUGUGGCUGAAGCUGCUGAACUUUCUCCAUCUCUCAAGAACUUCUUGCUUAGCAUUGUAGCUGGUGGAGUUGUGCUUACUGCCAUUGUAGGUGCUGUGAUUGGUGUUGCUAAUUUCGACCCUGUCAAGCGGAGCUAAGGAAUAUGUAUAAAUAGAUUUCUGAGAAUUCUGGGAAUUCUUUUUUCCUAUAAUAUCAUGUUAAAUGUAUCUCUCUUUUGAUUUCUCCAGUGAUGAUCUUUCUCUAUUUCUUUGUGUUUUUUACGUCUCUUUAUUUUGGUUGUAAUUUGACAUUGAAACCUGUGAAUUCUGUUAUUCCAA